AUGCGAUUCCAAACCUCAGCAGCUGCCGCCCUUGCGGUCGUAAUUCCCUCCGCGUUUGCUCAGACCUCGACCGACUGCAACCCGACCGAGAAGACCUGUCCAAAUGAUACCGGCCUUAGUUCCUCUUCAUACACCGCCGACUUCACCUCAGGCUCCAGCGCCAAUGCGUCUUGGUCCGCCGCCGCAUACACGAACAUCGACUACUCCAGCGACAAUGGAGCGACCUUCACCAUCGCCAAGUCAGGACAGGCUCCUACCAUCGAGACCGACUUCUACAUCUUUGGUGGCAGAGUCGAUGUUACUAUGAAAGCGGCGAGCGGAACUGGCAUUGUCUCUUCGAUUGUGCUCGAGUCCGACGACCUUGACGAGAUUGACUGGGAGUUCAUUGGUGGUAGCAACAACGAGGUGCAGAGCAACUUCUACGGCAAGGGCAACACAACCUCCUACCAGCGUGCCGAAUACCACCCCAUCUCCGAUACCCAAGGUACAUGGCACACUUACUCCGUCGAUUGGAACAAGGACCGCAUCGAGUGGAUCAUCGACGGUACCACUGUUCGUACUCUUCCUUACUCCAACGACAUCACGGUCUACGGCAAGAACUACCCCCAGACUCCUAUGCGCAUCAAGCUUGGCAACUGGGCUGGUGGCGACAGCGAUUCCGAGGGCACUGUCGAAUGGGCCGGAGGGAAGACUGACUUCAGCCAAGGCCCAUUCAACAUGUACGUGAAGAAGGUCGAGGUCACCAACUACAACCCCGCCUGCGAGUACAAGUUUGGUGAUAAGACUGGUUCGUGGGACAGCAUCGACAUCAUCACCUCUGGUGACGGAUGCACUGCCAGCGGCUCCUCGAGCUCCGCCACUGGCUCUGCCUCUGCCUCUGCAUCCGCUUCAGCCUCUGGUUCUUCUGCCUCUGGCUCUGCCUCUACCACUGCGUCUGGAUCUGCACCCACGACCGACUCCGCCUCCACGACCGCAACCACAGCACCUUCGUCGAGCCAUAGUGUGGACGACGUUUCGAACACUGAUGUUGCCGUCUCGAAGACCGUUACCGGAUCUGCAGCACCAUCCGCAUACGGAACCGGCUUCAGCACCGGUGUUACGUCUCAGCCGACGGGAGGUGUUAACGGCACCACCGGCUCAUCGAGCACCAACACCGUGUCUGGUCCAUCCUCAACCUCGAGCGGCAUCGAGAGUUCGACUGGUGGCGCUUCUUCCAACGGCGUCAUCUCCGGCAGCUCGCUGCUCGGCGUGGCUCUUGCUGCUUUCAUGCUUUGA